GGAUGAGUUCCAAACCAAACAAGUCGGAAGAGACAUGGAACGCUUUAAAAGACAAAGAUAAAAUAAGAAUGGAUGCUGCAAAAGAAGUAGCAGCUAUUCUUUCUAAAGCAGAAAUAAGAACUACAGUGGAGAAGAAGAAGAAAGGCAAACACCAACACAAAUCUGAACAAACCAUUCUCAACGUAGAAUGGAUAGAGCAAGCAGUGGACUUUCAUAAUAAAAAGUUGCAAUCAAGAAAGGAAGAAAUGCUAUCUACAAUGUCAACUAUAUUUCCUACGGGUUCUUCUGCUUUAGAAGAGUUAAACAAGUCUUCUUUAAGCAUGGUUAGCUCCUUAAACGAAAUAGGAAAGGAGAUGGAAAAGUCAAAAGAACUUUUUGGUGACUUACCUAAGGAAAUUCGAGUGCUGCUUAGAGUUGCUGCUUACGUUAUUGCUGCACAAAGAGAUGCCGAGGAAAUGGCUCAAGUGGAAACGGAAGCUUCCAAAGUUAGUUCUUUAUUGGCCUUUGGAGAUGGACAAGAAUUGGAUAUCUUUCAAAUAGAUAGUGAUUUAAGAAGAUUAGCUUUGAAACGAGAACAAAUUAUUCAACGUUCGUUUGGAUGUUCUUCCAUGUCUUUGGCUUCCUCUUUGAAUGAUAAAAAGUCGGCUAUUGAGUCUUUGUGGCAACGUUCGGGAGGAACGGCAGAUGUAAAGUUGUUGGAAAUUUUGCGAAGUCGUGUACGCAAUUGUCUUCAUCUUUGUAAAAGUGACCCUGCUUGUCUAGUUGCUGCUUUAAGAAUAUUAGAGAAGAGAUCAUUGGUUCAAUUCAAGUUAGGCAUUGACUUUUAUAUGUUUGGAAAGUAUUCUGGAAUGGGAGAUAUUGCAACUACUAUUGUAACUUGGAGUGUACGUGAUGCUGUUGCAGAUCUUGCAUUGACUUUCGACAAGGAUGCAGCAAACACAAGAUUGGAUUCAUCUUCUCCAUCCACAACAACUCCCAUGAAAACACCUGUUUCAGCUUCUUCUAGUGGUGGUUCUACUUUAUCGUUUACUCCUAAAUCUGCAAAGACAGAAACAGGAGAUCUCAUAGAACAAGUACUGAACACUGCCGACCUACUGAUUGGAAACCUUACAUUUGUAGUAGAAGAGGUUGAAUCUCGGUUCCCUCCAAGACAUCGCGUAUUUCAUUUAUUUAUGACUGAAACAUACAAUCAAGUUGGAGCAUUACUUUGGUGGUUGGUUUCCAAGCUGAAAGAGCUUUCAAGUUAUGAUACUUUGGCAGUUAUUUCAUGGAUUGAAGAGUAUCAUGAACACCUUCCGAAUCUUGUGCCACCCAAUCAAGUUUCAAACUUUACUUUGGAAGGUCCAUUGGAAAGACUGUCUGAAGGAUAUGCCACUCGUGCAAAGGAAUUGAUGAAGAAAUGGAUUGCAAAUGUUGUAAAAGUGGAUAAGACAAGUCUAUUGGAAUCCACAGAACAAGGCACAUUAUAUUCUAAUGGUCCUUCGGAUGUCUUUCGUAUUAUCAAUGAACAACUAUCAAUUGUUGCAGAACAUGCCAAACAUGGAAGUCAAUUGUUGGUUUCCAAUGUCUGUGAUGCUUGUGCAGAAUGUUUAUUGGAAUAUCGAAAGCUGAGUGUGUUAUCUUUAAUGGGCAUUGAAACAGAAGAUGGUGCACUUGAGAGAUAUUGUGCUAUGUGUAAUAAUCAUCGACGUUGUGGCUUAUUGUCUUUACAAUUCCUUCAACGUGCAAAUGAACUUUUGGGUACCAACUUUGGACAAGAUUCUCCAGGAGAAGUAAAAUCAGCUUCACAGUUGAAUGAGAAUCACAACGGCUUGGAUGAAAAGGAAUAUGCAAUUCAAGAAAAAGAUUCAAAAGAACGAACACUUGACUUGUCAUCUUUACCUUUUCUAUUUGCUAUUUCUGCUUCCUUCUGUUCCAAACUGGUUGUGCAAGUAAUCUUUUUGGAUCUCAGUGAAGCAUCCAAUCUAUGGCCAUACUUAUUUACGGAAGAAUGGGAGAAUGGUACAGAGCCUAUUGCAGAAUCAGUUAUUGAAACUAUCAAAGACUUUUUUGAAGAUAUCGAAGAAUUUAUUGAACAUAAAGAAGAUAAGCAAGCCGCUGCACUUGCUAUUGCUCAAACUAUUUCUGAAACAUAUCUAAAAGAAGCGGCAGAACGUUUCGGUAGUGGUAAGAAAUUGCGACGAUUACUUAGUGGUUUUAGAGGAGACAGACAUAAACAACGCUUGAACGAUAUGGAUGAUGAAGAAAACACCAUAGGCAAUAAUGAAUCAAAAAGGCGUUCUGCUAAGAGGUUAUUUGGAAAACGUUGUAUUGAAAGACUUCGCGCCGAUUUGGAGGCAUAUUCUAAUUAUUUCAAGGAACUGGGUAAGCCAACAGAAGUGAGCAAGAGACUGGUGGGUAUGGAUACCUUGGCUGAUUUAUUGGAGUCUUCAUCGCCUACUGCAGUUUCAGUGGUAUAUACACGAUUGGUUCGAUAUUUGUUACAAAAAUGGGAGGAAUCACAAAGUGGAGCAGAUAAUUAUUUGGAGCAGAGUCGAGGUGCGGCUAGUAGUGUGUUGCCAAAAGCUGAACGAUUAUUGCAUGCGUACCGACCUACUAGCCUCCAGAGGCUUUUUACUCACAAGUUUGAAGCAAGUCGUCUGAAAGAGUGUAGCGCCGAAUUGAAAAGGAUUUGGAAGGAAUAUGGACCUUCUGCAAUAGGGAAGGAAGGAAUAAUGGUACUUCACGACGAUGAAGAAUCUGAAUCGGAGGAAAUGAUAUGAAAGAAGAAAAAAUGCUAUGCUCAU